AAAUCUGAAACAUCCACCAUCUUCUGCUUCUUCUUAGCUUUCCCUAGGUACCCCUCUCCUUCCCUCUCUUACCGUGCAAUAUUUUUAUCUUCCCAUUAAUCUGCACAACCAUGUUGCAGAGGAGUCGGACUAUGCCUAGCAGGAUCAACCAUGGCGUUACCGAAGAAAGGCAUGAUAUCAGGCACUACUUGCAAGUAGAAGUUCAGCCUAAAGCUCAGAAUGAGAGUGAAGCAAUGGACCCUCAAGCCAACUAUUCCAAGUGUUUUGAUGAUGACGGCCGCUUGAAGAGAACGGGAACUUUUUGGACUGCAACAUCGCAUAUUAUAACUGCUGUUAUAGGGUCAGGAGUUCUAUCAUUGGCAUGGGCCAUAGCGCAGCUUGGUUGGGUUGCAGGGCCAACUGUCCUGGUACUUUUCGCCUUCGUCAAUCUCUAUACUUCCAACCUCCUUACAGAGUGUUAUAGGUGUGGUGACCCUAUCACGGGACAAAGAAACUAUACCUACAUGGAGGCUGUCAAGGCACACUUAGGAGGAUGGAAGGUCAAGUUAUGUGGAUGGAUCCAAUACCUGAAUUUGUUUGGUGUCGCAGUAGGGUAUACAAUAGCUGCAUCAGUCAGUAUGAUGGCGAUCAAGAGAGCAAACUGUUUGCACAAGAGUGGUGGGACAGAUCCAUGUCAUAUGUCAAGUAACGGGUAUAUGAUAACAUUUGGAAUUGUGGAAGUGAUUUUUUCUCAGAUACCGGACUUUAGUCAUGUAUGGUGGCUCUCCAUAGUUGCAGCUAUUAUGUCAUUUACAUAUUCUACGGUUGGCCUUGCUCUUGGCAUUGGAAAAGUUGCAGAACACGGGAAAAUUGAUGGAAGCCUCCUGGGAAUAAGCAUAGGUACAGUAACACAUGCUGGCACAGUUACUGGCAUGCAGAAGAUAUGGAGGACUUUGCAAGCUCUGGGAGCUAUUGCUUUUGCAUACUCCUAUUCUAUAAUCCUUAUUGAAAUUCAGGAUACAGUAAAAUCUCCUCCAGCAGAAUACAAGACAAUGAAAAAGGCUACUUUAUUCAGCAUCACUGUAACAACAGUGUUUUACUUAUUCUGUGGUUGCAUGGGAUAUGCAGCCUUUGGUGAUCUCGCACCUGGAAAUCUUUUGACUGGGUUUGGAUUUUACAACCCCUACUGGUUGCUAGAUAUUGCAAAUCUAGCGAUUGUUGUCCACCUCGUUGGCGCAUAUCAGGUCUUUUGCCAGCCCUUAUUUGCAUUUGUUGAAAAAUGGUGUGCUCAAAUGUGGCCAAAGAGUGGCUUCGUGACAGCAGAAUAUGACAUACCCACUCCCUUUGGCGGUGUAUACCAGCUCAACCUCUUCCGCCUACUAUGGAGGACAAUAUUUGUUGUGAUGACAACUGUUAUAGCCAUGCUCAUGCCAUUUUUCAAUGAUGUCGUUGGAUUCCUUGGGGCAAUGGGAUUCUGGCCAUUAACUGUUUAUUUCCCCGUUGAGAUGUAUAUAUCUCAGAAGAUGAUUGGGCGGGGAACAACCAGGUGGCUUGCCCUUCAAAUAAUUAGUGUAGCUUGUUUCUUUGUAACAGUGGCUGCUGCAGUUGGAUCUGUGGCUGGAGUUAUUCUGGAUCUCAAGACUUACAAGCCAUUUAAAACUAGUUACUAAGAGUCAGGAUCGUCCAAGAAAUUUUAAGUCAGUAUGGUAGGAAUAUAGAUAUAGUAUGUACUCAAUCCAUGUUUUGUGACUUGUGAGCAAGAACAACAAAU